ACUUAGAAUGAAAGUAGUUUUCGCGAGAACACGCGUAUGUCUCUGACAGAACGACGUCCGACGUAAAUCCGGCAUACCCCUCACGCAUUCCUCGUCAGUUCCAAGACAAAUCAUCCCGCGGGCAGCGCUUUGAUUCGCAUCGCAAUCGGGCCGAGACGGAAGCUUCAGAAUCCAGAGGGCCGUCAUUUCACUUGGUAACACAGGCCUUCUAAAGGGUCGCUGACCAUCGUGAAGCUGGCUGCUCAAAUCACGAACUCAUUCGAGAUUGGAGCGCUCGUGAGUACCAGCCGGGGCGUUCGCGCCUUGCUGGCCCUGUUCUCCCGGUCCUCCCGGCCCCCAUCAGUUUCGAGUACGAGUGAGAAGCCCGCGCAGAAUCCGAAGAUGGCGAAAACCUUCCACGAGUAUCUAGAGCAAUGCCAUCGGACCUACUCCUGUAUCCAUUGUCGGGCUCAUCUCGCGAGUCACGAUGAGCUCAUCUCGAAAUCGUUCCAGGGCAGUCAAGGCCGAGCCUAUCUGUUCAACUCUGUCGUCAACAUCGGAUGCGGCAUCGCUGAAGAACGUUACCUGUUGACUGGCUUGCACGCCGUAGCGGAUAUUUACUGUGAAUCUUGUAAAACGACCCUUGGAUGGAAAUACGAACACGCGUUCGAGACGUCGCAAAAAUACAAGGAGGGCAAGUACAUCAUCGAAGUGGCUCAUAUGAUCAAGGAGAAUGGCUGGGGUGCUAACGAGGAAUGACAGCAGGCCUCGUACCCAAGGAGGGGUCGGUCCUGUCCGCCGCGAAUUCUCGAGGAAGCUCCGAAAUGUCCACUCACGUCUGCGAAAUCACCACGUUUCUCUCGUCAACGCCUACGAACCGACGACUCCGCGACGAGAGGACGACCCGCGACGCUUCAGAAAUUAUGUCUUUGCAUUGGAUCUUGAAUACUCAGAUUCGGCGUCAGCGGACGCAUUCGCGAACCGACUGCGGAGGAAAUGAGAAGCAGUUUUCCGAUCAUUUGUGGAGGACAGGCAAUCGCCCCUAGGAUUUCAUAUAACACACAAAAUAGCGAACUGUGAUCAAUUUAUAUUCGAAGAGAGACGAAGGGCCACCCGAGAACAUACUGAAACCCGCUUCGAACCCAACGAGUUCAGCAGAGUUCAGCGAACUUCUAAUUCGGACGGACGAACCUCACAUGCGUCAUUCAUUACAACUUGGAUUCCAUCCA